GGAAGGGGAAGUCUACAAUAGCGAGGGUAUCGUCAUCUUUCCGGGGAAGGCCUACCAUGCUCGAUACUGUACAACGAAAUAUUUCACCCAAAGGACUCUAUUAGUUUCUUAUGAGCAGUAUUCCAUGCCAAUCUCAUAUUUAGUUGUCAAACUGUAAUAUAAAUUGCGACAUUGAAAUUUAACACUUUGAAUGGUGCAUAAAAUUUACAACAAAAAAAUUAAAUUGUAAUGUUUAAUUAUGCUAUAUUUAUUACAUUUUUGUUUUACUUUUUUUCUGUAUUACUUUACACUUUACAGCUUAACCCAAGAAUAUUUUUCCCCUUAAUUAAAGAUGUGUAUUUAGUGAACAUUGGUAAUUCAAUGAACUCUGAUCAAUCAGCACUGAUACGUACAUAAUACAAAUUCAAACGACCUAUUGGUACCUGUUCAAUUUACAAUUAGAAAUCCAAACCCGAAUUUACCAUUGGCUCAUCACAAUACCGUUCUAUAUCCUUCGUUCCGUUUCAUCGUUGAAAAUUGACCGCAACUCAUACUUGUGAAAAUCAGUCAUGUGUAAUAAAAGUACAGACAGCCUCAGGUAGUUAAUGAUGUUGUUCUCAGAAACGGGUGAAAAGGGUCGCAAGAAAGGAAAACGGAAGUUCGUCAAGUAUUCUGGGAACUGUAUAAACAAGAAGACACCAUUAAAAUAUGUUCACAAAUAUGCUACAGGUACUCAGGUGAGCCUCGAACAUUGCGUUCAAAAGAUGUCUAUAUCUCGUAAAGUAACCUCUUCGACACGGUGCAAAUAUUAUUUAGAUGUUGUUGGCAGAAUUAAUGGUAGCUACGAUGAGGGUACCAAGAUGAUCAGCGUAAUUGUUCAGGUGGCGCUGUUGGUGCAUUUUCUUCAGCUGAUCGUCCAAGUAACGGGUCAAUCGCCGUGUCCUAACUACUUCCGGUACAUUCAGGAUGAUCAUACAAACGAAAUGAUUGGUUAUAUUGAAAUACCAUCGCCUCCGAAAAGAGUUGCUUUGCAAUUAAGUGUCACUUUAAGCAUCGCCGUUGCAUUACCAUCGAAAUAUGUUGGUCGACUUGAAUUAGCGAAGUCGAGGGAGGAGUCGGUUAGAGCUGUAAGGCAGGGCAGGCCCCUGAUGUACAAAAUCCAUUUCCCUCUUCGUCGACCGAUUCCCGUUUUAACUGGUUUAUGGUUCAAUAAUCAGUUGAUCUGUUCCGGUCAACGUGCAACCGGACCAAUUGUAACAUCUAUCGUCUUGAACCACACCCUGUAUCCACCGGGGGUAUUGCCCCUUUCCGAGGAUCAAGGGAAUAUGAUUCCAAAUUAUCCAAAGAUAGAUAACGUAUCUCAAAAUUAUCCAAAGAUAGAUACGUCACCUUCUCCGCCUGUUUCGCCUGAAACGCCAAUCUUUCAACCCUUUUUACCGCCGAACACAGUGGUACCAAAUGGUACACCUAAGCCACCUCCCAGCAACGGUAACAAUAAUUUCGAAUGUGGACGUAGCAGUAACACGAACAAGGUUAACCCUUUAGUUGCCGGAGGUGUGAAAACAUCCCCUGGUCAUUGGCCCUGGCUGGCUGCAAUUUUUAUUGUGAAAUUUGACUUUGUGUUCCAGUGCGCGGGCACAUUGGUGACUAAUACUCAUAUUAUUACAGCUGCGCACUGUUUUCAAUUAGAUGACACGAACCUACCUUCUGGAACAUUGUUGGUGUCCUUGGGUCGGUAUCGUCUUCGAGAUUGGAGAGAGAAGGGUUCAGUAAACCGGGAAGUCGCCGAAUACAGGCUUCAUCCUGAUUAUAAUACCAGUGGUAACGCGGAUGCUGACCUAGCCGUGUUGAUUCUACGAGAAAGGGUGGAAUACAGCGCGGCGAUUAAGCCAAUUUGUCUUUGGUCAGGAGCCAUCAAUCUGGAGAGCGUUGUGGGGAAGUAUGGAUACGUGGUGGGCUGGGGACGUGAUGAAUUGGGGAAUCCUUAUGUUCAAGAACCUCGGCAGACCAGAUCACCGAUAGUAUCUCAGGAAGUUUGCCUCUGGAGUAAUGAAAAUUUCGUUUCAUUUACUUCGAACCGGACGUUUUGCGCCGGUUUACGAAACGGAAGUGGUCCCUGCAACGGCGACAGCGGAAGUGGCUUCGUGAUGUUUGAUAGCAAAACGCAACGUUUUUAUCUUCGAGGGGUAGUCUCGAGAUCACUUUUGGACAGCAGUACUAUGUCCUGCGAUCUAAAGCAAUACGUUGUCUACGUGGACGUUGCCAAACAUUUGGACUGGAUACAAAACCAGACCUCCACGUAGAUUAACAAUCUGUAACAAUAAAUAUGCUAGUCGACCAGCUUUUUUGUAUAAAUUAUUUUAACGAUAUCAAAAUCUUUGAAUAGAUGAUUGUAAUUUGUAAGAUACUGAAUCGAUAGGUCGAUUAAUUGACGAUAUUAUUAUCCCUUUCUGUACCGGUGUCUUUAAAUAUUUUUUGUCAUAUUAAUGGAAGGAUCGAAAUAACUGCAACUCUUCUCGUAAUAUUAAACAUUCUUGUUUUAAUCAUAUUUCAAUGGUGCUGAAUUAAUUGCUUUUCGUAUCAGUAUUUACGAUAUCGAUGAUCUAAUUUGUACAAAGAUCAAAUUAAUUUGUAAGAAUAAUGUAAUUUAAUAGUGCUUAUAUUUUAUUCGCAAACGUACUAUUUAUUAUUGACAUAGUUUUCAUUCAUUACAUUUUGUAAAAUAAAUUGAUCACAUUCGCAUAUGUAUAGUCAAACCGUUUCUCCUUCUCCACUUUGAUAAUUAUCCCAUGUAUCAUUAAGUAAUAUUGUACAUAGUUUUAAAUAGAAAUUUAUAAGUCAUACUUUGUCACUUUAUAAUAAACGUUUGUAUUUUUUUUUUUACGUUCAUUUGAUUUAUUGUACAAUAAAGUAAUCCUGUUAAGUAUGAAUAAACCAUAUUUAUACAAUUCA